AUGGAGCUUCAAGUUAUCAGCGAUGGCGUUCAUCUGUCCGCAUACAGACCCAAAAUUGCACAAUCAGUGACCGAUGGCAAGACAGCAUCAGCAGAGUCUGAUUAUUGCAAUUUCUACGGGGACUGCAGUCCGAUUGUGUCCUGUGGAUCGGAUGUCCAAAGUCGCUAUGAGACCCUGGAUGCCCCGCCAAACUCGGACUUCUACGCCAACACUGAAGUUUGCGGACGACGGAAGCGCUUCAGGCCGUCUCUCUACCAGCUGUAUGCCAACCAUGAGGAUGACGCGCAACCUCCCAUGUAUGAGGAGACAACACCUGCAGGCAUGGAAGGAGACAGCUCAGAUGAAGAGGAGCAAAAAGAUCCAGUGCCUGAACCGACGCGAUUUGGCUGGUUUCAUGGAGUCAUGAUCCGUUGCAUGCUAAAUAUUUGGGGUGUGAUCUUGUACCUGAGGCUCCCUUGGAUUACCGCCCAAGCUGGCAUAGGUCUGACCUGGGUGAUCAUCCUGCUCUCCUCAUGUAUAACUGGCAUCACUGGUCUCUCCACAUCUGCUAUCGCUACCAACGGCAAAGUCAAAGGAGGUGGGACCUACUUUUUAAUCAGUCGUAGCCUUGGUCCGGAGCUUGGUGGGUCCAUUGGUCUGAUUUUUGCCUUUGCUAAUGCUGUGGCCGUUGCCAUGCACACUGUGGGCUUUGCUGAGACUGUUGUAGACCUCAUGCAUGAAAAUGGCGCUGUGAUGGUGAACCGAAUCAAUGACAUCCGCAUCAUUGGUGUCAUCACAGUCACAUGUCUUUUAGGAAUAUCAAUGGCUGGAAUGGCAUGGGAGUCAAAGGCCCAGGUUUUGUUUUUUCUGGUCAUCUUGGUGUCAUUUUCCAGUUACGUUGUUGGAACCAUAAUCCCUGCAUCACCGCAGAAACAGGCCAAAGGUUUUUUUAGCUAUAAAGCGGAGAUUUUUGCAAACAAUUUUGUGCCCGAUUGGCGGGGACCGGAGGGCAGCUUCUUUGGUAUGUUCUCGAUUUUCUUUCCUUCCGCAACUGGCAUUCUGGCAGGAGCUAACAUCUCUGGAGAUCUGAAGGAUCCAACAGUGGCUAUCCCCAGAGGAACACUAAUGGCUAUCUUCUGGACCACUUUGUCAUACCUCAUAAUCUCUGCAACCAUUGGUUCCUGUGUGGUUAGGGAUGCAUCUGGACUGUUAAAUGACACCUUGGCCUUCUCCUCAUCCAGCAACCAUUGUGUUGGUUUACCUUGUCACUAUGGCUGGGACUUUACCGACUGCAUCAAGAACAAAACAUGCAUCUUUGGCAUUAGCAAUUACUAUCAGUCAAUGAGCAUGGUGUCAGCCUUUGCUCCACUCAUCACUGCUGGUAUAUUUGGGGCGACACUCUCUUCUGCUUUGGCCUGCCUCGUGUCUGCACCCAAAGUGUUCCAGUGUCUAUGCAAGGACAAUCUCUACCCUCUGAUUGGCUUCUUUGGCAAAGGUUAUGGCAAAAAUGAUGAAGCACUCCGAAGCUACCUCUUGGCAUUCAUAAUUGCUGUCUGUUUCAUUCUCAUUGCCGAGUUGAACACGAUAGCUCCGAUCAUUUCCAACUUCUUUCUCUGCUCCUACUGUUUGAUCAACUUCAGCUGCUUCCAUGCCUCAAUCACCAACUCUCCUGGUUGGCGUCCAUCCUUCAGGUUCUACAAUAAGUGGCUGUCUCUGCUGUGUGCUGUGUGUUGUCUGGUUAUCAUGUUCUUAUUGACUUGGUGGGCAGCUCUCAUUGCCUUUGGUGUUGUCUUGCUCCUAUUAGGAUACACACUCUACAAGAAGCCUGCUGUGAACUGGGGCUCGUCGGUGCAGGCCAGCUCCUACAACAUUGCACUCAAUCAAUGUAUGGGACUUAACCAGGUGGAAGACCAUGUGAAGAACUACAGACCACAGUGUUUGGUGCUGACGGGACCUCCCAGCAGCCGGCCAGAUCUUGUGGAUCUCGUCAGCUGUUUCACAAAGAAUCUCAGUCUCAUGAUUUGUGGCCAUGUGGUCACUACUGAUCCCUCUGCACUUGUGAAAAGUGAAAGUCCUAUUUCCUGGUUGACCCAAAGAAAGGUGAAGUCAUUUUACAAAAGCGUGGUGGCUGCAGACCUACGAUCGGGGGUGAACAUGCUGCUACAGGGAACAGGUUUGGGUAGGAUGCGUCCCAAUGUCCUUCUGAUGGGUUUCAAGACAGACUGGCACAGUGACUCGCCACAGGCCACACACAGUUACGUGGGAAUAUUGCAGGAUGCGUUUGACCUUCAGUAUGGUGUGUGCGUCUUAAGAACAAGAGAGAGACUGGAUGUUUCUCACAUAUAUCAGUCACAUGCAAACCCAGGCUUUGAUGGAGACCUGAAAGGCAUUAACCCUUUAUAUGCCACUUCUGGAGUUAACAUCAUUUCAUCAGCUUCAUCCAUUGACACAGCGACUCAACCGAGUAGGCCUACAAUGUUUCAGAAAAAACAAGGAAAGAGGACAAUUGAUGUCUACUGGCUGUCUGAUGAUGGAGGUCUUACCUUGCUGCUCCCUUACCUCCUAACUCGGAGGAAGCGCUGGUCCAAAUGUAGAGUUCGAGUGUUUGUGGGAGGAGACAAUUCCAACAAGGAUGCGAGGAGAGAAGAGAUGAUGAAACUAAUCAAGAAGUUCCGUCUUGGAUUCCAUGAUGUAGAAGUGCUUCCUGACCUCUUUCAAAAACCCCAACCUGGAAACAUUCAUCAGUUUGAGGAUAUGGUGAGUUCAUUCAAGUUGGACACAAGCCCAAAAGGUGAACCUGAAUCCAGCUCAUCAAGAGUACAGGACGAGCCCUGGUGGAUCACAGAACAGGACUUGGAGAGGAACAGAACCAAGUCUUUCCGUCAGAUUCGUCUAAAUGAGAUUCUGCAGGAUUACUCCCGGGAAGCCGCACUGAUUGUUAUCACCAUGCCAGUGGGAAGGAGAGGAGUAUGCCCCAGUGUCCUGUACCUGGCAUGGCUGGAAUUCCUGUCACGUGACUUAAGCUCCCCUGUCUUGUUGGUCAGAGGCAACCAAGAAAACGUCCUCACCUUCUACUGCCAAUGAAUAGUCCUCUUUUUUUUUUUUUUGCAUAUAAAAUGAACAGCAAUUGAUCAUUUCUGACAAAUCGACAUCUUAAUGAAACAGUUAAUCUGAGUCACUAUGACUAAUAAUCACAACCAUAAAACCAUGUGUCAUUUGCUAACAGUAGUAGUGGCUUUUAUUUGGCAUAAAGGGUCUUGCCAAGGAACCAUUAUGGUUUGUUUUAAUUUACAAGCUAUGUAACAAGCCGUGUGUUAUGCAUUCAUCCUGUACUAUU